GAAGCUGUGCCCCAUCGCUUGGAAGCGCGCCCGGCGGCGGAGGCGCUCCGCGGGGCCUUGCAGCGACGGGGAUUGAGCUUGGUAAAGGUCCUGGCAGAACUCGAUCCGGAGAUGCAAGGCAAGGUGUCCUUCGAAGGCUUCCGGGUGGCGUGCCAGCGCUACCGUCUCGCCUUGAAGGAGAGGAAGACUGGGCGCGCCUGGCCGCAGCGCUGCAGCCGGACCGGCACCACUUCUUCUCCGCCGAUGCGCUGCAGCGGCUUCUGGCCAAGGCGCCGCAGGGCUGCGCCGAGGUGCCUAAGGUUGGCUUGGCUGCGGCGCAGGGAAACGGCCAGGCCUUGGAGCCUUUGCCCCGGCGCCGCAGCGCAAGUCUGGCGAAGGAAAGGCGGCUGGACGGGGCGGUGGAGGCCAAGAGUCGAAAGCAGGUGGACCAGCUUCAGACAGCACUCUUCCGAUCUGAAGAGGAGCGCGCGCGGCUCCAGCGGGAACUGGAUGCGCUACGGCAGGAGGAGGCAGCCCGAAGCGAAGAGUUCCAGAAGCCCAGGCCGCUCAAUGUGCUGCUAGCUGCCGGCGAGCAGGCACCACCCUUGGUGAAGGAGCUGAGGCUGGAGGUCCAGGGCACCCGCGAG